AUGAGGGAGCACACCAUCCAAAGAAUUGCUCGAUGGUUUUAUGAUGCAGGAGUGCCUUUGAAUGCUUGCACAUAUGAUAGUUUUGCCCCUAUGAUUGAGUCAAUUGGGCAAUUUGGUCCUGGAUUGAAACCACCAACAUAUCAUGAGUUGAGAGUCCCAUGUUUGAAGAAGGAAUUAGAAGCAACAAAUGAGUUGAUGAGCAUCCAUAAAGCAGAGUGGGCUAAGGUUGGAUGCACUGUUAUGGCUGAUGGGUGGACCGAUAGAAGAAAUAGGACAUUGAUUAACUUUUUAGUUAAUAGUCCUAAGGGCACCAUGUUUAUUGAGUCCAUCGAUGCUUCAUCUUAUGUGAAGGAUGGAAAGAAGAUGUUCGAGCUACUUGACAAUUUUGUAGAGCGCAUUGGAGAAGCAAAUGUUGUACAAGUAGUUACUGAUAGUGCCUCAGCAAAUGUGAUGGCAGGGAGAUUGUUAGAAGCAAAGCGACCACAAUUGAUAUGGUCUCCAUGUGCUGCUCAUUGCUUAGAUUUAAUGUUGGAGGAUAUAUACAAGAUCUCCAAUAUUCGCAAAGCAUUGAAAAGAGGCAUGGAGAUUAGCAACUUCAUCUAUGUUCGUCCUGGAUUAUUAAACAUGAUGCGACGAUUUACUAACCAAAAGGAGUUAGUUAGACCAGCUAAGACUCGCUUUGCUACUGCUUGCAUUACAUUAUCGAGUAUACAUCAUCAAAAGAACAACUUAAGGAAGAUGUUUACUUCAGAUGAAUGGAAGGAUAGCAAAUGGAGCAAGGAGCAACAAGGAAGGCGAGUAGUUCAAACUAUUUUGUUGGCUAGUUUUUGGACUACAAUUGUGUUUGCUCUUAAAGUGUCUGGCCCACUAGUUCGAGUUCUUAGAUUGGUUGAUGGCGAAAAGAAGCCACCUAUGGGAUAUAUUUAUGAGGCCAUGGAUAGAGCUAAAGAAGCUAUUGCUAAGUCGUUCAAUAAUAAUGAAGAAAAAUACAAGGACAUUUUCACCAUAAUUGAUAGAAGAUGGGAGCUUCAGUUGCAUCGUCCUCUGCAUGCAGCGGGGUAUUAUUUAAACCCGUCAUUCUAUUAUUCGAAUCCUAGCAUCCAAGAGGAUGAUGAAAUAGUUAAUGGGCUCUACUCAUGCAUAACAAAAAUGGUUGCUUCAUUAGACAUCCAAGACAAAAUACUUGCAGAACUAAGCAAGUAUAAGAGAGCUGAAGCAUUGUUUGGACAACCUUUAGCAAUCAGACAAAGGGACAAAAUAUCUCCAGUGGAAUGGUGGGAUAAUUUUGGACAAUCAACUCCAAACUUGCAAAAGUUUGCUAUUCGCAUUUUAGGUCUUACUUGUAGUGCUUCUGGAUGCGAACGUAAUUGGAGUGUGUUUGAGCAGCUUCAUAGCAAGAAACGAAAUAGGCUUGCUCAAAGUCGUUUGAAUGAUUUAGUGUUCAUCAAAUACAAUAGAGCAUUAAAACGUCAAUACAACCUUCGAGAUAUCGUCGAUCCCAUCUCUUUAAGAGAUAUUGAUGAUAGUAACGAAUGGUUGAUUGGAAGAUUGGAUGAUGAUUCUGAGGAGGAGGAUGAGCUGGUAUUUGACGAUGAUAUUUUAACGUGGGGUGAUGUUUCAAGAGCUGCCGGAGCAAAAGAACCAACCUUCUAUUCUAGAGCUAGGGCCUCAGGAGCGACUAAUGUUUCAUGUUCAUCCUCGUCUACCACACAACCCACACCCAAACAAAUAAAUUUGGAUGACUCUGAUCAGGAAGAAGAAGAUACCGAUGGCUAUAAGUCCAACGAAGGAGUGAAUGAAGAUGAGGAUCAAUUUAGUGAUGAUGAGUUUGAUCUUUAGGAAUGAACUUCUAUUGUGUUUUGUUUUUUGGGUAGAAAACUAAUAUUAUAAUAUUUUAUACAUUAGAGUUAAAUCUCAUUUCUAUAUUGGUUAUUUACUUAUAUUUUAUA